ACACAACCCAUCUCCAGCCAGAGCCUCAGCCCUCUGUAGCCGAGGUGGGAACCAGACCCGCCCCGCUCGCCUCCCACCUCCCACUACCAGGUGCAACAGCCCAGCUGCGUUUUCCGGGAGCUAGCUCUUGUCCGAGAUGGCUUCAGUAACCAAUGGUAAAACUGGGAUCAAAGAUGCCUCUGACCAGAAUUUUGACUACAUGUUCAAACUGCUCAUCAUUGGCAACAGCAGCGUCGGGAAGACCUCCUUCCUCUUCCGAUACGCUGAUGACACCUUCACCCCUGCCUUUGUCAGCACUGUGGGCAUUGACUUCAAAGUAAAGACAGUCUACCGCCAUGAGAAGCGUGUAAAGCUGCAGAUAUGGGACACAGCUGGGCAAGAACGGUACCGGACCAUCACCACAGCCUACUACCGUGGGGCCAUGGGCUUCAUUCUGAUGUAUGACAUCACCAAUGAGGAGUCCUUCAAUGCUGUCCAGGACUGGGCUACUCAGAUUAAGACCUACUCCUGGGACAAUGCACAGGUCAUUCUGGUGGGAAACAAGUGUGACAUGGAGGAAGAGAGGGUGGUCCCAGCUGAGAAGGGCCGGCUCCUUGCAGAGCAGCUUGGGUUUGACUUCUUUGAAGCCAGUGCCAAGGAGAACAUCAGUGUGAGGCAGGCUUUCGAGCGUCUGGUGGAUGCCAUUUGUGAUAAGAUGUCUGACUCGCUGGACACAGACCCCUCCGUGCUUGGCGCCUCCAAGACCACGCGUCUCUCAGAUACCCCUCCACUGCUGCAACAGAACUGCUCCUGCUAGGCUCCUGCCUCCCUGUGUCGUGCCCACUUACACUUUGCUCCUCUCUGUUACUUGUAGCUCACUGCCAACCCAAAGCAAGCUGAGUUCUUUGCCAGCCCCUAUGGUUCUCUGCAGAGGGGCCCAAUGACAGAUAAUAACAGUGCAGGUUACAGGGUGGAUAAAGAUUCCUUUCACGACAGGAAACUCCCUUUUAUGAAGGAUACUC